UUGUGAUUUCUUUGUUUAGGAACGCUUUGUUGGGCAUGCCUAAAACUUUAGGUUAUGUGGAUGGCACCUUGGUGAAAAUAGUCCCACCACCUCGGCCCAACCAGCACUAUCGGUGCCGUAAAGGCUAUCCAGCUAUUAAUGUUCUUAUUGUAAGGCACCUCUCAGAUUUGCUCGUGUAUUGUUGCCAUUUACGGGUGUUACCAUAGCCUACUAUUUCAUUCCAGUUUUGCAAUUCCAGUUUGGAAAUCAUGUAUUGCAAUGCCAGGUUUCCUGGCUCUUCCACAGAUCCCUAUAUUUAUAGGAAUUCACCUUUACGCGAUGCACUCCAAGUUGCAUACUGGGAGAACAAUUGUAUUUCACUAGGAGACUCUGCAUUUCCUCAUGAGCCGUGGAUGAUGACUCCUCUUGAGCAAGCUCCUUAUGGCACUCCAGAGUAUUCGUAUAACAAACUUCAUAUGAAGUGUCGCAAUGUAGUGGAGAGGUGCAUCGGUGUCCUGAAGAAUAGGUUCCGCUGUCUUCUUACUGAUCGAACCCUUCACUAUACACCUGGAAAGGCAGGGCAAAUUGCUAAUGCAUGUGUUGUGUUACACAAUUUUCUUGUUGCUAGGAGAGUGCACAAUCCCCCACCUAUUUUUGAGGAGCUAGGUAAUGAUGUUGCUGAACCUGACUUUCUUGGUUUACCACUCAUUGCACAGGCUGAUGCAAUGCAGCAAUUGCUAAUAGAUCAUGCCCAUAAUCUGUGGUUGCAUGACAACCUGUGAGUGUUCAUGUUAGGGAGAAUGUAUUUUUUUAAUUUUGACCUUUUCUUUAAGCUAUUGCACUUUGUGUUCCUCAGGUUAUUUAUUGUUUGUAUAGUUUAAAACUUAUUAUUGUUCCUGUGAUGUUUCUGUAUUUUUAUUCUUCUAAAUGGAAUGUUGAGCUCAUUGUCUAGUUUAUCAAUUGUUUCCAAGUUGACUACUGUAUUUCUUUCGUUAUUUAAUUUUUCUAUUAUGCAGAGGUUGUGUACCCCUCGUUUGUGUUCAGUGUACAAAUGAAUUCUGUCAAUAAACCCCUCUUUCAAUUGGACAUCUGCACUGGUUAUUUGCCCUCAAGCCACCACACCAUCUCAUUCAUGAAAGAAAUUAGUCCGCAUGAAAUUGAUUUAAAGUUAAAAGGUCUUUGAUUUCUUG